GACUAUUUUCAGCUGUGUCUCCGUCCAUGGACCCGGGAGAGCAAACAUCGUCAACACCCGCGUUAUAGCCCUCGUCUCUCCGUACCAUCCACACCUUUCUUGUCAGAUCCAAGACUUUUGUUUGUAGAGUUACAACCAAAUGACGGUCCCCCACGAUGCAGUCUUCCCGCGCGCCCGCGCCGGGCUCGCAUACCAAUGGUCAUGCCCCCGAGUAACAUGUCCCGCAUGGGAGAGACAAGGGAUGUAAGUAACAAGAGGCGAAGAGACUUCAAGAUGAGCCAAGACAAGCCAUGGGUGGAAUCCCGGCCGCGGAACCGGGGACCCCUCAUUCCCCGAACAGAUUCUCCCCCAUGUCCCUGUACUUUUCGUCUCUCCCCUGCGGCAGAUCCCCAUCUCUGA